GAAAAACACCGACCUGGAAGCGAAACGGAGAGAACUUCCGUUCUUUGUUCUAUCCCGGUGUGUGGGUCUGUGACAGGUUCCAACAGGGCCUGGUCCGUGGCCGGGCCCCCACAUCUUCCGUCCCUAUCCCCAGGCAUUGGCAUCAGUUAAAGUCAGAAUUCCAAGAAACUUGAACAGGCCGCCAGAUUCCUAAUAACCGCUACUCAGGUCUUAUAGGAACUAACUCCAAAGAAGGGAAGAAGGAAUCCAGCAGGUGGGUGCUAUUUCAUGGCCCCUUUUCCUCUAAAGAUAACACCUGAAUUUAAUGUAGCAGCUACACACCUAAGAAGUGCUUCCUCGUUUUCAUUCAAAAACUUGCUGAGUCUGCAACUGGGAGGCCAGAGGCCAGAGCUUCAAGCCCCACCCAUGGAAACUCAGGCCAGUCGUGUAUCUCAGGAACCUCAGGCCCUGCUUGAGAGUACUCUUCCUUCCUCAGAAUUUCCUGCAUUUUCCAACAAGGACAGCCUGGGGGAUGAGAUGUUGGCAGCUGCACUCCUAAAGGCCAAGUCCCAGGAGUUGGUGACCUUUGAGGACGUGGCUGUGUACUUCAUCCGGAAGGAGUGGAAGCGUUUGGAGCCUGCUCAGCAGGACCUCUACAGGGAUGUGAUGCUGGAGAACUAUGGGAACGUGUUCUCACUGGAUGGUGAGACCAGAACUGAGCAUGAUCCAGAAAUUUCUGAAGAUACAGGAUCACACAGGGUGCUAUUGGGAAGAUUCCAAAAGGAUAUUUCUCAGGGUCUUAAGUACAAAGAAUCCUAUGAACAAGAAGUCAGUCUAAAGAAGCAGUUGGGAAACUCCUCCGGGGAAAGACUGAGUAGGAAGGUACAAGAUUUUGGUCAAGUGACAGUUGAGGAGAAGCUUGCCCCCCUGGGAGAAAGAAGUGAGAAAUACAGCUUCACUGUGAGUUCCAACCUUCUUUCACAUCAGAGAUUUCCAGUGGGAGACAGACCACAUAAGUGUGAUGAAUGUAGCAAGAGCUUUAAUCGAACUUCAGACCUUAUCCAGCACCAGAGAAUCCACACUGGGGAGAAGCCCUACGAAUGUAGUGAGUGUGGGAAGGCCUUCAGCCAGAGCUCACACCUUAUUCAGCAUCAGCGGAUCCACACUGGAGAGAAGCCCUACGAAUGUAGCGACUGCAGGAAGACCUUCAGUUGUAGCUCUGCCCUCAUUCUGCACCGGAGGAUCCACACGGGGGAGAAGCCCUAUGAAUGUAGUGAGUGUGGGAAGACCUUCAGCUGGAGCUCCACCCUUACUCAUCAUCAGAGAAUCCACACUGGGGAGAAGCCGUAUGCUUGUAAUGAGUGUGGCAAGGCCUUCAGCAGGAGCUCCACCCUUAUUCACCACCAGAGAAUUCACACUGGGGAGAAGCCCUAUGAAUGUAAUGAGUGUGGGAAGGCCUUCAGCCAGAGCUCACACCUCUAUCAGCACCAGAGAAUCCACACUGGAGAGAAGCCCUAUGAAUGUAUGGAAUGUGGUGGAAAGUUUACCUAUAGUUCAGGCCUUAUUCAGCAUCAAAGAAUCCACACUGGGGAGAAUCCCUAUGAAUGUAGUGAGUGUGGGAAAGCCUUUAGGUACAGCUCAGCUCUUGUGCGCCAUCAGAGAAUUCACACUGGAGAGAAGCCUUUGAAUGUAAUGGGAGUGAGCAAAAGUUCUCUCAGAGUUACUGCUGGAGUAAAUAUCAGAGAGUCUACGUGACAGCCACACACCUGUUUUCCUCACUUUCUCCAAGUCUAAUGAGCUCCUGCCUUACUGUAUAAGUAUGAACAACUUAGGAUGGGUCCCUUAAACUCAAACUGUUCACUCUAGAGAAUGGGGCCAGUGGGCAAGUCAUCCUGGCACAGUGGUUAGCGACCUAGUCCCCCCAGGAAUGAUACCAGCCAUGAAUGGUUAGGAGAUGAGUAGUCGAUUAUGUGCUGGGAGGAGAGGGAGGCUCUGGGACCUUCACCUUCCAUUUUGGAAGGGAGUUUGCACUAGACCAUUUUUUCACACCAGAGGAGCCUUUCUUGCCAUGGUGGGGACGGAAGCACAGUAGGGUAAAAUUCCAAGGGUUCUUCUAGUCGGAGUCAGAAUAGUCAGCACAGUAUGUUCUGGGUCCUGUUAAUUUGCUAGGAAGGAGAAAUGGAGGCUGUAUUUCAAAGCCACUGUUCCUAGUCCAGCUUCAAGUUUAGAUAAAGAAUGCUCUUUUGUUUCAUGACUUAAUUACAGAAAUGCAGGGCUGAGGGAUUUAUUUUACUGGGAGGGGCCCUCAAGAGGUUCUCUGAUCCUGUCAUUUGGGGCUUGGAACAGUGAGAGCCAUUGGAGAUCCCCUUGCCCUUCCCUGUUAGGGGAAAUUGGGAACACCAUCUAAUCAGCGGGUCUGACAGGAGGGAGAGGGCCAAGGCCAUUUAGUGUUGGCCUGUUUCCUUUGUCCCAUCUUCUUGCCAAUCCUGUAAUGAAAAGUGAUUUAAUCCAAAACCCUAGUUACUUAAGAUGCUUUUAAGGAGCUCAGCCAGCCAGCUGCCCUGCUCUGUCCCCUUGACCUAUGACACCUGGCCCCAGCAGCUGGACCUCUCCUGACCCCACCUCUGACUUGAGCAGCUGAGUGUGGAUGCAGACAGCACAGCCCUGAGGCAGGCUCUGGCCUGAGCCUGGCCACAGGGCUCCCUGCCAGGUGAGGGGUUCCCCAGGCUUCCCAGCUGAAGGGGCCUCAUCUUUUCCCAGGCCCGCUCAUUCUGUAGCGCAAAGUGCACUAUUAAACAGAAUAGUUUUUCA